AUGCUGCCCCUUCGCCGUGCAGUAGUCCGCUCAGCUCUGCGGAACUCGUCUGCUGCUCAGCGCUCUCUCCUCAUUGCUUCUUCUUCUCCCGCACGACCAGUCUCCGCUGCCACCUGCAAGCUUCUUCGUAUUCCAGCAACAUCCAACAGCGCCCGUCACAUCUCCUCCGCUACUCUCCCUAGCAUCAACAACAAGAUGGUCGUGGCCACUUCUUCCACCACUGGCGUCCCUGGCUCGUCUCGCCAGCUUGCAGCUCCGGCAUCGACUGCAGUGACGACGGGCACCGGCUCGUUUGAAGGCUUGCCAGCUGGCUAUGAGAUCCGCGAUACUCUUAACGGCUCCCAAGCCGCAGCACCGUUCGCCGUCUUCACAAAGGACCUUGAGAUCUCUGCUCAGGAUGACAUGCGCUACCGUCUCGUACGCCUUGCCAACGGUCUCGAGGCGCUUGUAAUUCAGGACCCCAAGACAGACAAGUCCAGUGCUGCCAUGGACAUCCGUGUCGGUCACCUCAGCGACCCUGAGGAGCUUCAGGGCCUUGCUCAUUUCUGCGAGCAUCUCCUCUUCAUGGGUACCAAGAAGUAUCCCCGAGAGAACGAAUACUCUGAAUAUCUCUCCAAUCACUCCGGAGGCUCCAAUGCAUACACCGGCAUGGACAAUACCAACUACUUUUUUGAUGUCUCUCCAGACCACUUCGAGGGUGCAUUGGAUCGAUUCGCCCAAUUCUUCCUGGAACCUCUCUUCGACUCAUCAUGCUCGGAGCGAGAGAUCAAGGCUGUCGACAGCGAGCACAAGAAGAAUCUCCAGAGUGACAUGUGGCGCAGUUUCCAGCUCGACAAGACCUUGUCCGACCCUUUGCACCCCUAUUCGCACUUUGGUACCGGCAACUACCAGACAUUGUGGGAGGAGCCCAAGAGCAAGGGUAUGGAUGUUCGCGACGAGCUGCUCAAGUUUCACGACCAGUACUAUUCGGCCAAUGUCAUGAAGCUUGUUGUUCUUGGCAGAGAAGACCUCGACCAGCUCACGAGCUGGGUUAUCGAGAAGUUCUCGGGCGUCCGCAACACCGGUCGUGAGCCUCCUCUCUUCGACCGCAGCCCAUUGACACAGGAGCAGCUGCAGAAGCAGAUCUUUGCCAAGUCGGUCAAGGAUGUUCGCAAACUCAAGAUUGCGUUCCCCAUUCCUGACCAAGGACCUCAUUUCCGAUCCAAGCCCGGCUCUUUCCUUUCCCAUUUCAUCGGACAUGAGGGUGAAGGCUCGAUCUUGUCGCAUCUGAAGAAGAAGGGAUGGUGUGACCGUCUAUCUGCUGGUGCGACAGGCGAUGCUAACGGUUUUGAGUUCUUCAAAAUCUCGAUCGACUUGACUCAGGAAGGUUUGAAGAACCACGAGAAGGUGCUCGAAUCGGUUUUCAAGUACAUUCACCUUCUCCGCAACAGCAACCUCGAGCAGUGGACUCACGAUGAGGUGGCUCGACUCAGCGAGCUCAUGUUCCGCUUCAAGGAGAAGAUCGACCCUGCCGACUACGCUUCCAGCACCGCUACACAGAUGCAGAUGCCAUACCCUCGCGAGUGGAUCUUGUCUGGAGGAUGGCUCAUGCGUGAUUUUGACCGCGAUCUGAUCAAGCACACCCUUGACCACCUCACUCAAGAGAAUUGCCGUGUUGUUGUCAUGGCCAAGACCCUCCCCGAUGGCAGCACCUCGUGGGAGAGCAAGGAGAAGUGGUACGGUACCGAGUACUCGAUCAAGCCACUUCCUUCUCAGCUCUUGACACAGAAGCCAAGCGAGUUUGAAAACCUGCGCUUGCCUCAACCCAACUCGUUCAUUCCUGCCAAUUUUGACUUUAAGGCUCCCUUGGCAGAGGAACAGGGUAAGAAGCCGACACCGCGACCUCAGCUUGUGCUCGACAACGACAGCAUGCGUGUCUGGCACAAACUUGAUGACCGUUUCGGCCUGCCCAAGGCUAACGUGUUCUUCGUUCUUCGCAAUCCUCUGAUCAAUGCAACACCGGCCACGUCGAUCAAGACUCGUAUGCUGAUCGAGCUCAUCUCGGACUCGCUUGUCGAGUACUCUUAUGACGCUUCGUUGGCUGGCUUGAGCUACAUGCUUGACUCGCAGGACCAGUCAUUGGCUCUCUCGCUCAGCGGUUACAACGACAAGAUCCCUGUCCUUGCUCGCAGCAUCUUGGAGAAGCUCGCCAACUUCCAGAUCGACCCCCGUCGCUUCGAGCUCGUCCAAGACCGCGUCAAGCGAUCGUACCAGAACUUCGCCAUCGAGGAGCCCUACCGUCACGCCACCUACUACACCACCUACUUGCUCCAAGACAAGAUGUGGACACCACAGGAGAAAUUGCGUGAGCUCGAGCAGUUGACGGUUGCCGAAGUACAGCAGUUCCUGCCUGAGUUGUUGCAGCGUAUGCACUUGGAGGUAUUGGCUCACGGUAACUUGGCCAAGGAGGAGGCCGUAGAGUUGUCCAACAUGGUUUGGAACACGAUCAAGUCUCGUCCUGUCAACAAGACCGAGUUGCUAUCCAGUCGAUCUUUGUUGUUGCCCGAAAAGUGCAACAAGGUGUGGAACUUGCCAGUGACCAACGCUGCUAACAUCAACCACGCUAUCGAGUACUACGUUCAGGUUGGAGAGCCGACUGAUAUUUCGGUUCGCGCUCCGUUGUCGUUGUUUGCUCAGAUUGCCAACGAGCCAGUGUUCAAUCAGCUCCGUACGAAGGAGCAGUUGGGAUACCUAGUGUUCAGCGGUAUCCGACGCAGUAUUGGCAGCUUGGGAUGGCGUAUCAUUGUUCAGAGUGAACGCGAUGCUCCUUACCUUGAAGGCAGGGUGGAUGCUUUCUUGGAUCAAUUCAAGACGACCCUCGAGAAGAUGACUGAUGCCGAGUUUGAAGGUCACAAGCGAUCCAUUAUCCACAAGAAGCUCGAGAAUGUCAAGAAUCUGGUUGAGGAAUCCCAGAGGUUCUGGUCUCCUGUCUUUAGCGGCAACUACGACUUUACCGCCCGAUACGCUGAUGUAGAAGCUAUUGCCAAGACAACGAAGGAAGAGGUGGUGGACUUGUUCAUGAGAUACAUCCAUCCCAGCUCGACAUCGAGGAGCAAGCUUUCAGUUCACUUGAACUCCACUGCUGCUCCUUCGCUCAGGUUCUCCUCCAAGGCCGUCGAUGCUCUUGAGCAGGCUGUCAACGCUCAAGGCCUGCCAGUUCCCAAAGAAGCCUUCGAUGCUCUGAGGGCACAGCAACCAGCCAUCGAGACCGUGAAGGACAUGGCUAGUGGCGCAAUGGCUCAAUCGCCCACGCCUCUGCCCGCUGAAGCUGCCAAGCAGAUGUUGGGUCUUGUUGACUCGCUUGCUGCUCAAUUCCCCUACACUGACGGUGCAGCGGUGGAGAAGAAGCUGGAGCAGGUGAAGAAGGUAGAGAGUGCGAUCCCGGCGGAGGAGGUCAAGGAUGCUACAUCAUUCAAAGCUAGACUCAACCCAAGUAAGGCAGCUGUCCCUGUGAGGUCGUUUGCUGAAUUGGCAAAGGAUCCGAGCGAGGAGGCUGAGGAGGUUGCGAAGAUUGCCGAGGCAAUGCUGAAGGGUGGGAAGUCGGUGGAGGAGCCUAAGGCUAACCUCUAA